AUGGCUUCUAAACCCCUCUCUCCCCUUCAGGUUUUCGCUUUAAUGCUCACAUUCUCUACCGCCUUUUCCAAAAUAAUCCGAAAUCCAAAUCUUGACCAAAAAUCACUACGAGUCGGCGGCGCACGGCCAAUAAGUGACCCGCGCAACCCGAAAGUGAUUAAGGCUGCUGUUUUUGCGGUGGUCGAACACAAUAGGUUGGCCAAAACUAAUUUGAUUUUUCAAAGCGUAAUUAAUGGCACGGUUCAGGAUGUUGGGGGCCAAUUGUAUCGGCUCGUGAUAUCUGCCUUUGACGGCAGUGACGGUCCCGAGAAUUAUCUUGCUCGUGUUUAUGACAAGCCGUGGCAACAUUUGAAGAUCCUUAUUAGCUUCGAAAAAAUCAGAAAAAUAUCCCGAGUUAAUUUUUAG